GGGUCCGUCUGCUGCUGCUGCUGCUGCCGCUGCUGCCGCCGCCGCCGCCGCCGCUUGUGUGGCUGCCUCAUUCUCCCGCGCGCUUCCCUCCUCGCUAGAUGGUGUGCGAGACACCCGAGACUAGACACGCUCCGGACGCGGGCAGCGAGAAGCGGCGAGGAGCGGAGGGAGGCGGCAGAAGGCGAAGGCGAAGCCGGCACAGGCAGCAGCGGCGGCCGGACCAGAAGAGGCGAGAGGCGACGAGCGAGUCCGGGACGCUCUGCCGCUCGCCCGGGACCUGAGGAGAAGAAGAAGAAGAAGGAGAGGAGGCGGAGGAGGCGGCGACGAUUUCCCGCCCGCCCGCGCGCGCGCGCCUUUUUUUCCUUCUGAGGGGAGACGAGCCCAGAGCCCGACGCCGAGCCGGAGCGCAGCGCAGCUUCUCCCUCCGAAGCAGGCAUGGACAUGAUGCCUCUGGUCCAGGGCGCUUGUUGCUCCAACCAGUGGCUGGCCGCGCUGCUGCUGAGCCUCUGCUGCCUGCUGCCCUCCUGCCUGCCCGCCGGGCAAAGUGUGGACUUCCCCGGGACGGCCGUGGACAACCUGGUGGUCAGGAAAGGCGAGACGGCGGUGCUGAGGUGUUACUUGGAAGAUGGAGCUUCAAAAGGUGCCUGGCUGAACCGAUCAAGUAUUAUUUUUGCAGGAGGAGACAAGUGGUCAGUAGAUCCUCGAGUUUCAAUUGCAACAGCAAACAAAAAGGAGUACAGCCUCCAGAUACAGAACGUGGAUGUCUCAGAUGAUGGUCCCUAUACUUGUUCGGUGCAGACUCAACACACGCCGAGGACAAUGCAGGUGUACUUAACAGUAAAAGUUUCUCCAAAGAUAAGUCAUAUCUCAAAUGACAUUGUGGUGAAUGAAGGAAGUAACGUCACGCUGGCCUGCUUGGCUACAGGGAAACCAGACCCUUCCAUUUCUUGGAGACAUAUCUCUCCAUCAGCCAAACCAUUUGAAAGUGGACAGUAUUUGGACAUCUAUGGAAUUACAAGAGACCAAGCUGGGGAAUAUGAAUGCAGUGCUGAAAACGACGUCUCAGUCCCAGAUGUGAAAAAAGUAAAAGUCACAGUAAACUUUGCCCCAACAAUUCAGGAAAUAAAAUCGAGUGGAGUGACGCUUGGAGGGAGUGGAUUCAUAAGAUGCGAAAGUGCGGGUGUUCCUUCCCCAGCUUUUGAAUGGUUCAGAGGUGAAAGGAAACUGAUCAAUGGACAACAAGGGAUUACUAUUAAAAGCUAUAGUUCAAGAUCAUUUUUAAAUUUCAACAAUGUGACGGAGGAUCAUUUUGGAAACUACACAUGUGUCGCUGCCAACAAACUAGGCACAACCAAUGCCAGCCUGCUUCUUAACCAAAUUAUUGAGCCUACUACUACUAGUCCUGUCUCAAGCCCAGCUCCAAGUACAACCCAGCUUGGGAUCACUGGGGGUGCUGAAGUUCUAUUAUCCUGCUGGUUCCUUGUGUUGACACUGUCCUCUUACACCAGCUUAAUGUACCUGAAGAACAUCGUUCUACAAUAAAUGUAAAGAACCAUGAAUGGCUUUUAAGGAUUCUUUGAAAGUGCUGAUGACUGGAUCCAAUCUGGUAGAGUUUGUUAAAAAGCGGCGUGGGAUAUAAUCAGCAGUGCUUAUGUGGGGAUGAUCGCCUUCUGUAGAAUUGCUCAUUAUGUAAAUACUUUAAUUCUACUCUCUUUUUUAUUAGCUGCAUUACCUUGUGAAGAAGUACACAUUGUCCUUUUUCUUCUUUCUUUUUUUUUAAAAAAAAGACGUGAGAGCUCUGAAAUUACUUUUAGAGGAUAUUAAUUGUGAGUUCAUGUUUGUAAUCUAUAACUUUUCAAAAAAACAUUCAGUCAUGGUCUGCUGAUUUGCAGACUGUAGUUUACAUAAAAAGAACCCAAAUAUUGCAGUUUAAAAAAAAAAUGUGAUCUUUAAGGCUGCAAUACAAACAUCCAUUUCCCUCUUUAAAUAAGAGUCUAUCUUCAUUUACACAGAAUUUUUCUUUACAAAAAAGCUAAAUAAUAUUGCCUUUGAUUCAUUUCUUCAAAAUUAGAUCACAUACCUAGAUUUUCUUCUAGCAUGAUACUCAGAUUUCAAGAAUGAGCCUUGUGAUAUGACUGCACUGUGUAGUUAUGCUUUGAUUUUGAUUUUCUCGUCAGUUCAGCAUGGGUGUGCCUUCAUAAGAUACUGCUUUUUGCUUCCUCACCAACAAAUGGGAGGGGAAUUUUUCAAUUUUAUUUUUUGUAGAUGCUUAGCUCAAGGGUACCGAAUCUUUUCUUAAGGACAAAAGGUGCUAUUGGCUGUAAAAUGAACCACCAUUGGGGUAAAGGAACUACUCCAAACAUUGAGCACAGCAGAAAAAGUAAUAGCUGGUACAUUUUUCAGUCUGUCAAGUUCAAAGCAUAUUCCAAACCUGUACAAAGCAGAAGAUAUCUCUCAGAGACUCCUUUGUGAAUGUAACAUUUCCUUUGUUCAUUCAAAGUCAGAAUUUUAUAAGGCUGCAGAGAAAAUGACCAUCCCUUUAUUUUAUUGUAUUUUUAUAAUUAGUGAUAAGUUCUACAUAUCAGUAUUGUUCUUCCUAUUGAAUUUAUACUGUACAGUAUCUGGUUGGUUGGCUUAUAGAACAUAGUGCUUAGGUCUGGAAAAUCUAUAGAAGGAUUAGAGUUUUGAUCAUACACACAUGCUCUAAAACACACAUGUUCAUGCACACAAAUAACAACAAUAAUUUGAAUGCUACAUAAGGCAGAUGAUAACAUAUCAGUGCCAUUUUUUCAAAAAAGCCACCGAUUUGCAAAAAAUAUACCAGUGUUUUCUCCCUUCACAAACAUUUGGUUGAAGAAUUUCCCCAAAUGCCUGUUGUGGCUCUAUUCCACAUGUCAGCCACAUCUCUACAUGUUGUAAAUGUUAUGUUAAACAUCAAUCAUGCUGCACAAUCUGCAAAGGCAUAUGGAUAUAACCUUUAAAAUGUCCUAUUUUGUCCUCAUUCAUAGUUUAUCUUACAUGCAACAUUAGAAAUCAGAAUGAAUAUAUAUAUAUAUUCAAAUGAUGCCUAUUACAUAUUUAUUUGCCAAAAUGUCAUUAGCAUUGUUCUCCUGUUAGAAUAACAACUGCAUUUUUCUCUUCUGAAAGGACUUCUAAUGCCCUGGUUCCUAUAAGUCCUGCUUCCAUGAAAGUUGACAUUGAAAAUAACCCCCACAUAAAACUUUAGUGAAAGAAACAUAGUUAGUAAAGGUUCAUCUUUGAAAACAGAAGAAAAAUAAGCAAUCUGAUAGCUGAUACUCUGUAUCCACUGCAUAUCCACUUCCAAUUAAAAAAAAAAGACACUUGAAAAAGCAGGGAAUCUGUACAAAUUUUGAUCUAGUGUGAAAUAAGUGCAAAGAUUUUCAUUUGAAUUUAUUCACAAGAACAAAUAGUGAGAAAUUGUUCUUUGCUACUUAAUAGAAGAUUCAUUUGUUUUCAUCAGUUCAGGAUGUGUGUUAACAGUUUGCCUCUUUAAUUGUAGUUGUUAAGAUCUAUACUACAAAGUGCAAUAACUAACUGAUGAUGUUACAUAAACUGUUGUAUCUCAGAAUGAGUUUGCGUAGGCAUCAAAGCUUAAAAGGGGAAUUUAGCGAUGACUCAGCUAACCACAGUGGUUUUAAUUCAAGUAAACUGACUGUUGAAUAAAGAACCGUGGUAUAUUAAAUAAUUACAUCACCCAUUCUAACCCUAUGAAACAUGGAGGAAGGAGAACGUCAUUGACUACAUAGAAACAGUUAGCUUUUAAUUUCGCCAUCAUAAAACGUUCAACAAAGCCUGUUCUCAAAGCUCUGACAUUAUUGUUGCUAGCUGGAGAUUCGACACAAUUAUUUUACACAUAAACCACUUCUAAGACCUACAUUAUAAAUUUAUUUAGCUCCUUUAUUAGCUCCUGUUCUUCAUGAAUAUAAUGUUGACGCAUUAGAAAUAGUACGGCUCUUUAGAAAUAGUAAUAAAGUGCUAUAUUAAGAGUGUUAGGUGACAGAACCAUAAUAUAUCAUGCAGUUUGUAUUGAAGGAGAAAAUACUUUCGUCUCAUAUCAUGCGCUGUGGACCUACUGGUGUUGCGCUAUGGCACUUUUUAAUGGAAAUAUUUGACUGGACUGGUGCAAUAUCCCAACAUUUGGGGUGACUAGACAUUCAAAUUUGUUAGGAUGGCAGGAAGCACUGGUAACUUGCAAGGGCUGUUUUUCAGCAUCUUUGUAACAGAGGCUUUGCGGCGGGCGAUGAGAGCUUAUUCAGCUGUCUCCUGUGGGGUCCUACAAAGAUGCAGAGAACAAGAAGUGCGAGUUGGGUGCACACCCUGUUCCUCCAAGUUGGACUGACUCAAGCCACCCUCUGUAUUCCCUCUUGUAUUGCAGCUUUAAAGUUCUAGAAUUCAUUCAACAGGUUGAAAGAGCAGGGUGGCAGAAGCUAUUAUUCUGCCAGUGCUCUCUUGGGGAAUAAGAAACAAGUCAAAGGUAUCUCAGAAACCAAGCAUAUCCAACAUUGUUUCUCACAGGCACAACAAUAGCUGUUUUAAUAUCAUUUGCUCAUCCAAACUCUAUAGUCAAGCUAACUGCCUUCACGAUCCUCCCCCAGCACAUGGAGUCUGAUGAUUCCUGCAGCAAAACAGGGUGACAUUUUAUUUUUUAUUGUUGAACAUGAUAAUACCUAAUGAAAGGGACUAGUAAUGUUUUUUGUUUGUGUGGGAGCAGUUGGAACGCAUUAUUAGCCCAGUGUUCAAACCAGCCUCUGAAUUUUCCUUUGCAGUUGCUGGGUGUGAUUACUUUAUAAAUGCAAAAUACCGUAGUUGUAGAAGAAAACUUUGUGCAAACCUCUCCCUGCUUCUUCAGGAGGGAGGAGAUCAUAAGAACAAAGCAGGGGCUGAAUCUCUCAAAGUACAUACUGUGAUACUGGGACCAGCUCAGUAAGUGCUUUCGCGAUUAGUCCCAUAGAGGCUCCUUUUGAAACCAUGGUCAGCCAAGGGCCUAAUUCUGUCAAGACAGACACAUGCAUACAGUUUUGCACUGAACAGUCCCAAUAAUGUUAAAAAAAAAAAAAAAGCAUGUGCCUGUGUGUUUAUAGGAUUACUCCCUAAUGAAAGUUCCAUACUUCUUUGGUAAAUCUUUUCUAUAUGUUCAUUGUACAAUUUGGGAUUUAUUGGGACUUGAUGUGGAUUGUGUUGAUUGUCGCAAAUUACAAUAACAUUUUACAGAGUUUAUUAGUCCUUAAACUGUGGGGUAUGUUUGCUUUCUUCUAUUUCUUACAUGAUAAUCUGUGAUCAUCUAGUUGAUAUCAUCGCUGUUCAUAUUUUUAAUCAACCACAAUUAUAUUUCUCCCAGUCAUGAAAAAAUAUGAAAAAUAAAUGGAUUAGCUCCAAGUGA